UUUUCUUUCUCUCUCCCCAAACACAUCAAUUCCAUUGCAAAAAAGAAAACCAAAAUCAUAACAUUUAGUCUAUUCUACAAAGGACACAGUCCUGCUUUCGUAGAAAAAAAAACCUAGCCAUUACUGAAACAACCUGCUACUUUCAUGCUAUUAUGGAAGCCGGUGAAGGAGCCAGCGGCGGCGGUGCCAAUCAUAACCAAUUCCACCACCACCGUACAAACUUCCCAUUCCAAUUACUUGAAAAGAAAGAAGAAGAUCAACCUUGCUCUUCUUCUUCCUUCCCUUCCUCCUCCUCUUCAGAUCAACCCAACACCAUUUCUGCCCUCCAAAUCUCUCCGGAUCCCUCCAAGAAGCCGCCUCCUAAAAGGACAUCCACCAAGGACCGCCACACCAAGGUAGAUGGACGUGGCCGUAGAAUCCGCAUGCCAGCUCUCUGUGCUGCUAGAGUUUUCCAGCUUACUCGAGAACUCGGUCACAAAUCGGACGGCGAGACCAUCGAGUGGCUCCUGCAACAAGCUGAGCCUGCCGUGAUUGCUGCCACUGGAACCGGGACGAUUCCAGCAAAUUUCACGUCUCUUAAUAUUUCCCUCCGUAGCUCCGGCUCCAGCAUGUCGGUUCCCUCACAGUUACGAUCCUCAGGGUACAGUUCAAACUUCUCCAUGCAACAACGUCGGAGUUUGUUCCCCGGUAUCGGACUCGACUCCUCGCCGACAACAUUCCUCAACUUCCAGUCCAGUAGUAAUUUGAAUUCUAUGUUUCAAGCCAAGCAAGAGCUCCGGGAUAGCAGCAAUACUACUUCCUUGGAUAUAUCAGAAACUGAUGAGGGUAAUUUAGGAAGAAAAAGAAGGCCGGAGCAAGAUUUAUCAUCCCAGCAUCAAUUGGGCAGUUAUUUGUUACAGUCAAGCACUGGAGCAAUUCCGGCCAGUCAUGGUCAGAUUCCGGCCAAUAUUUGGAUGGUUGCUAAUUCCAACAAUCAAGUGAUGAGUGGUGACCCUAUUUGGACAUUUCCUUCCGUUAAUAACAGUGCUUUGUAUAGAGGCAGCAUGUCUAGUGGGUUGCAUUUCAUGAAUUUUCCGGCCCCCGUGGCCUUAUUACCAGGCCAACAAUUGGGGUCCGGUAGCAGCAGUGGUGGUGGGAGCAGCGGGAUGGGAGAAGGGCAUUUGAACAUGCUUGCUGGAUUAAACGCGUACCGGACGGGGACGGGCGUAUCAGAAUCACAGGCUAGUGGGUCGCAGUCGCACCACGGCGGCGGUGAUGAUCGGCAUGACACGACCAGCCACCACUCAUAAAGAUUGAUUUUCACAGUUUCAUCUGUGUAGUUUGAUGUGUAACAGCACACGUGAGGUUUGAUUGCUCUUGAAAUUUGAGUUUUUAUGAUCCCAAAUUAAAUUCUUUUUACUUUUCUUUCUCUUUUUUUGGUGUGAUUAAUCUGAAGUUGGUUGGUUCUUAGGGUUUGGAGGAAAGGAACGAAGAAAAAAUAGACACUAUUUUUAACAAUAUGGGUGUUGGCUGGCAUUUCAAUUUUUUUUUUAUUAUAACAUAUUUAAUCAUCAUUGUUUGUGCACUUUUUAAUGUAAUUUAAAUUAUGCAUUUUG